AUGGAUGAAGAAUGGGAAGGCGAAUUGCAAACUUCUUUCAUUAAAGAUGUGUUUUACUUUGGUCAAUGGCUAUUUGUGAAGGUACUUAAUUUGGUUCUCAUAGAUAUUCCAACAUUCAUUAUUAAAUUAUUAUCUAAAAAUUUUGAAUUUAAUUUGCAUUUAUCAUCAUUAUUAUUAUUCAUAAUUGGAGCAUUAAUAUUUGGUAUUAUCAUAAUUCGAUAUUUUUAUUUAACUGGUUAUUCCAAGGAUAAUACAGGUAAGAAACAAAAAACAUCAUCAAUUCAACAACAACCAAAUAUAUUUGUUGAAAAAAAACCAAGUAAGAAACCAUUAAACUAUUUAGAUGAAUUCUUGGCUGCUAUUAAAGUUUUCGGUUAUUUAGAUAAAUCCGUCUUUCAUGAGUUAACUAAAUCUAUGACAACUCAAAAGUUGGCACCUGAUGAAAUUUUAUGUCUUGACGAGACCUUGGGCUUUUCCAUAGUUGUUGAAGGUACUGCUCAAAUUUAUAUUAAAUUACCAAAAGAUAAUGCAAAAAAGAUAGAAUAUGAAAUAGAUGAAGAAAGGAAUGAAUUUUUAAUGUUGGGUGAUCAACAAUAUCAAUUAUUAAAUGAAGUGAAGAGUGGUUUACCUUUAAGUUCAUUAAUUUCAACAUUGGAAUUAUUUAAACUUCGAUAUCCAGAUAUUUUAACUCCAGAAAGAGAAGUGUCAUUGAAUCUAGAUUAUAAUGUAGAUAAUAACGUUGAUGAAGAUGAUGAUUAUCCGAACAUUAUCGUAUGUCCAAAGAAAAAGAGGAGUGGUGAUACUAUAACAAUUGCAAUUAUACCCCAAUCUGCAUUUGAAAGAGUUCAAAAUAAAUACCCAAAAGCAACUUCACAUAUUGUAACUAUGGUGCUCACUAGGUUAUAUAAAGUUACAAUGAACACUGUACAUAAUUAUUUAGGAUUAACUAAUGAAUUGAUGAAACUGGAGACGAAAUUAAAUGAACAAACUCCAACUAAUUUACCAAGAUAUUUAGUCGAUGGAUUAUUAGAAAAAUUGAAUGAGAAUGAGAAUCCCAAAAAGAAGAAACAAAAGCAACAUCAUAGACUUCCAUUAAUCAGAUCAUCAUCAAGAUAUGUUUUAUUAGAUUCAAAAUUGAAAAGUAAUCAUCCUGGAGAUUUAUUAUCCUCAGUUCCAAUAUCAAGAAAUGAUAAAAAGAAAAAAUUUAAAGAUGAUGAAAAAAGAUCAAAUUUUACAGAUGAAAUUGAAGAAACUGAGGAAAAUUCAUUAAGAAUAGCUAUAAUUGAAAAUAUAUUCAAAAUAGUUGGUAUUUCUGAACCUAGUCAUUUCUCAUAUGAAAAUGGUUUUAGCAGUUCUUCAUCUGCAAAUAGUUCAGUUGUAAACUUAAAUAACCUUCAAAAUUUAUCCAAAAGCUCAACACCUGGAGGAAAACGUCAUAAUGUAUUCAAACAUGAUAAUUUAAUGAAUACAAUACAAAUGUCACAACUUAAAAAAGAUCCACCAAUUCCAAGAUUAAGUCAAAAUAUGAAAAAGAAAUCAUUAUCAGAUAUGAAUGUAAAAGAUGCAUUUGCAAAAACAUUGGAAAUUAAAUCUAUUGGACCAAAUACAACAUUAAUUGAAGAAGGAUCAUUAAAUAAUGGAUUAUACUAUGUCAUUGAUGGAUCAUUAGAAGUUUUUCAUUCUUCUGAAAAUAAUACAACCCAUCAGUCAUAUAAUAAACAUGUAUAUACUGUUCAAUCAGGUGGUAUAGCUGGUUAUUUAACUUCAGUAGUUGGAUUCAAAUCUUUAACAUCAAUUAAAACUCCAAAGAAACAAGGUGCAAUAGUUGCAUAUAUUGCAAAAAAUGAUUACAACAAGUUAUUAGACAAAUUUUAUUUUCUUCAAUUACCUGUAGCUACAAAAUUGAAAAGUUUAUUAUCUUAUCAAAUUUUAAUCAUUGAUUAUGCUUUAGAAUGGUGUCAUAUUCCUACUGGAAAUGUUUUAUGUUCACAAGGUGAUUUAGCAAAUGGUUUUCAUGUUGUUUUAAGUGGUAGAUUUAGAGUUGUAAGAAGUGUUAAAAAUGGAGAUAAAGAAGAAACUGAAAUUUUAGGGGAGUAUGGACAUGGACAAUCAGUUGGAGAAGUAGAAGUGUUGACUGCAUCACGAAGAUCAAAUAGUCUUGUUGCUGUUCGAGAUUCCGAAACUGCAAGAAUUCCAAGAACUUUAUUUGAAUUGUUAUCAUUUCAGAAUCCAUCAAUCAUGGUUAAAGUUUCAAGAUUAGUUGCUUCAAAAGUUUUAUCGCAAGAAAAAUCAAUACAAGCUCCAAAGAAAUUUGUAGUUUCAUCAGGUGCUGAAACAUUUGUAUCUGCAGAUUAUAAAACUAUCACUAUACUACCAACUGUUUCAGAAUUACCAGUUAAAGAAUUUGCCAAUAAAUUAUUACAAGCUUUUAAAAUUGUUGGGAGAAAUGUAAUUGCAUUAGAUCAAGCACUGACUUUAACUCAUUUAGGUAGACAUGCAUUUGAUGAAUCAUUAGCAAGAUUAAAAUUAUCUGGAUAUUUUGCAUAUUUGGAAGAAGAAUACGAAACAAUUAUAUAUAUCUGUGAUACACCAGUUCAAUCAAAUUGGACAUCUACAUGUAUUUCUCAAGGUGAUUGUAUUUUAUUACUUGCCGAUGCACAAGAUGAAAAUACAGCAACUUCAGUUGGAGAAUAUGAACAAUUAUUAAUUAAAUUGAAAACUAGCGCCAGAACAGAUCUAUGUCUAAUUCAUCAAGAAAAAUUUGUAAGUCCAGGAUCAACUAAUUUAUGGUUAAAAAAUAGAUUAUGGGUACAAGGACAUCACCAUAUUCAAAUGUAUAUAGAAAGAAAUAAUGAUUCAUUGCCAAUCAAUAAAAAAUCAUUUAUUAAUGAUUUAGCUACUAAAUUAUCAAGAAAUAAAUCAUUUAUCUCAAAAUUUGAAAAUUCAGCAAGAAAUAUACCAAUGAUUAACAAUUUAAACGUUGGUUGGAAGAAUGAUAAUAUAAUCCAUAAUGAAGAUGUUACGUUUAAAUCUCACAAGAAUGAUUUUUUAAGAUUAGCUAGAAUUCUAUCAAAUGAAGCUGUGGGAUUGGUUCUUGGUGGUGGUGGAUCAAGAGGUAUUUCACAUGUAGGUGUAGUUACAGCAUUAGAAAGACAUGGAAUUCCAGUUGAUUUAAUUGGUGGUACUUCAAUUGGAUCAUUUGUUGGUGGAUUAUAUGCUAAAGAUUAUAAUAUUGUUUCAAUAUAUGGUAGAGCUAAAAAAUUUUCAAAAAGAGUUGCUUCUGCUUGGAGAAUGAUUUUUGAUUUAACAUAUCCUGUAACUUCAUAUAUUACAGGUUAUGAAUUUAAUAGAGGUAUAUGGAAAGUUUUUGGAUUUACUGAAAUUGAAGAUUUUUGGAUUAAAUAUUACUGUAAUUCAACAAAUAUAACAAAUUCAACCAUGGAUAUUCAUGAAACUGGUGUUGCUUGGAGAUUUAUUAGAGCUUCUAUGUCAUUAGCUGGUUUAUUACCUCCAAUUGCUUAUAAAGGUUGUAUGUUAUUAGAUGGAGGUUAUUUAGAUAACUUACCGGUUAUGGAAAUGAAAAGAAGAGGUGUUAAACAUAUAAUUGCCGUUGAUGUUGGAUCAGCAGAUGAAAGAACUGCAAUGAAUUAUGGUGAUACAUUAUCGGGAUUUUGGGUAUUAUUUAAUAGAUGGAAUCCAUUUUCAAAACAUCCCGAUAUACCAAAUAUGAUGGAUAUUCAAAUGAGAUUAGCUUAUGUUGCAAGUGUAAAUGCAUUAGAAGAAGCUAAAAGAACUCCAGGUGUUUAUUAUUUACGUCCACCAAUUGAAAACUAUGCAACUUUAGAUUUUGGUAAAUUUGAUGAAAUUUAUCAAGUUGGCUUAGGUUAUGCUGAUAAAUUAUUUACUGAAUGGGAAAACACUAAAAAAUUACCACCAAUUGCUGGAUUUGUAGAUAAGGAAAAUAUUAGAAAUGGUCAUGAAAGAAAGCAUAUAUAUAGAAGAAAUAGCAUUUAA